AAAGCUGCAGAGGACUGCCUUCCAUCUCCACUAAAAGAACAACGGAGGAGUAAUAGCAGGAGGAGGGGGGUGGUCAUGACAGUAGUGAGACAAUAACGCUGGAGAAGAGGCACACUGUAGUCAGUGAGGACUGAAUCCAGGGCUCUUCUCUUCUCUGCUCUCCAUGUUUUUGGGGACUCCACGUACCAUUGCCUUCGUCUCCAAACCCAGAGGAGGAUGUCUGUGUCAGGGAAGAAGGAAUUUGACGUGAAGCAGAUCCUCAGGCUCCGCUGGCGCUGGUUCAGCCAUUCGUCCCAAGGUUCGGCUGGCGGUGGAGGUGGUGGAGGUGGUGGGGUGGGGAGCUACAUCCAGCAGGAUGGCCUGGACCACAGAGGAACACCUGUCCAGGGACGGCUGAAGAGUCACUCGCGCGAAAGAGGAGUUGGAGGACUACGGAAGACUAGCAGCCCGGUUCACAGCAUCUUAGCACCUACGCCAGGCCCCACACCUGUCUAUGCCAGAGCGGGUCAUCAAUCAUGGCACCAUCAGCAGAACACCAUCCAGGGACUCCAGGUCAACGAGGAAUCCUCAAAGAGCAGCUCCUCACCCAGCACCACAAGAAAAGAGGAUACCAAAACCAGCAAGGAAGAUGUGAAGAGCAGCACAGAGGAACCAGCAGAGGUUGAGGCCAGAGAAAGGUUGGCUCUGAACACCUUCACCAGAAUGAACACCAACUCCUCUGAUGAGUUUUUCCAGGCCACAAACCAUGCAGAACAGACAUUCCGCAAGAUGGAGACCUACCUCCAGCACAAACAGCUGUGCGAUGUCCUCUUGAUAGCAGGCGACCAUAAGAUACCUGCUCACAGACUGGUUCUGAGCGCUGUGUCCGAUUACUUUGCUGCCAUGUUCACCAGCGACGUGAGAGAGGCAAAACAAGAGGAGAUCAAGAUGGAGGGGGUCGAUCCGGAGGCGCUCAGAUCUCUUGUUCAUUUUGCCUACACUGGCGUCCUUGAGCUCAAAGAGGAGACCAUUGAGAGUUUAUUAGCAGCAGCUUGUCUCCUUCAGCUUUCACAAGUCAUCCAGGUCUGCUGUAACUUCCUGAUGAAACAGCUUCAUCCCUCCAACUGUCUGGGAAUACGCUCCUUCGCAGACGCCCAGGGCUGUGUGGAUCUGCUCAACGUGGCUCAUAACUACACCAUGGAACACUUCCUGGAGGUCAUUCAGAACCAGGAGUUCCUGCUCCUCCCCACGGCUGAGAUUGUUAAGCUGCUCUCCAGUGAUGAAAUCAACGUCCCUGACGAGGAAACAAUCUUCCAGGCUUUGAUGAUGUGGGUGCGGUAUGAUGUCCAGCAUCGUCAACAAGACCUCGGGGUGCUUCUCGCCUUCAUCCGCCUGCCUCUUCUUCCUCCACAGCUCCUUGCAGAUCUGGAAAACAACAAGAUGUUUUCUGACGAUCUGGAAUGCCAAAAGCUGCUGAUGGAGGCCAUGAAGUACCACCUUCUGCCUGAGAGACGCCCCAUGUUUCAAAGCCCGAGGACCAAACCUAGAAAGUCCACUGUGGGUGCACUUUACGCUGUCGGAGGGAUGGAUGCUACUAAAGGCUCCACCACCAUAGAGAAGUACGACCUGCGAACUAAUACAUGGGUCCAGGCCGGAGUCAUGAACGGACGCCGGCUACAGUUUGGUGUGGCGGUCAUAGACAACAAGCUGUAUGUGGUCGGAGGGAGGGAUGGACUCAAGACUUCCAACAUGGUGGAGUGUUACAAUCCAAUUAAUAAAGUGUGGUCCACUAUGCCCCCCAUGUCAACACACAGACAUGGACUUGGUAUCGCAGUGCUGGAGGGUCCGAUGUAUGCAGUGGGAGGUCAUGAUGGCUGGAGCUAUCUCAACACAGUGGAACGUUGGGACCCACAGGCUAGACAGUGGAACUACGUGGCCAGCAUGUCGACACCAAGGAGCACGAUGGGAGUCACUGCACUCAAUGGAAAAUUGUUUGCAGUAGGUGGACGAGAUGGGAGCUCAUGUCUGAAGUCAAUGGAGUGCUUUGAUCCACACACCAAUAAGUGGAGCAUGUGUGCACCCAUGGCCAAGCGGAGAGGAGGAGUGGGUGUGGCAACAUACAACAACUUCCUGUAUGCAGUAGGUGGACAUGACGCCCCCGCCUCCAACCACUGUUCUAGACUCUCCGAUUGUGUUGAGAGGUAUGACCCAAAGACGGACACGUGGACCACUGUGUCUUCCCUCAGCGUUCCCAGAGACGCCGUGGGUGUCUGCCUGCUGGGUGAUAGGCUCUACGCAGUGGGUGGAUAUGAUGGUCAGUCCUACCUGAACACUGUUGAGUCCUAUGAUGCACAGAAUAACGAAUGGACUGAGGAGGUCCCUCUCAACAUUGGCAGGGCAGGCGCCUGCGUGGUGGUGGUGAAAUUGCCUUGAGCGUUCUGUCUCACGACAGCGCGGGAAACAAAUGAGAGAGCGGCGAAGAAGUGUGAACUAACAAAACAACAGAUCAAGGACACAUCCUUCGAGAGUUCUGUUUUCAUUUUUUCUCCCUUAACUCAGCUCUCCAGAUUUUUCAGAGGGAAAUGCAGACAGAGCUUUCUGUCAUUAGUGGACAUGUCUACCCACAGGGGAGGACUGCACAUUCUCCACAUUCUCAACCGAUCAAGAAUUUCCAUAAACUUGGCUGAGCCGUAGAAAGAGCCAAGCCUCUGUUGUGCUGGUUUGUUCAACUAGUUUGAUGAAGUUCAGUGUGUCUGUGACAUUUAAUGUAAAAGUUACAUUUUGAGAAAAUAAGCUAUUAUUUCAUUUGAAAUCUAUACAAAGACUUUUCUUAUCGGUGCCAUAACACAGUCUAUUUUUUGGGUUUAUAGUUCACUUCUCAGUCACUCAAAUGAGAAUUGUAAUGAAAUAAAACUAGAACCAUGUACAAGUGUCUUUCCUUAGAGCGUGGUCUGAACACAUUCUUACUCUUUGAAAGAAGACUACUGAGGACACUGAAGGUCUACGAGAUUCAGCAGGCUCAUUUAAAGAACUGAAAAAAACAAACCUUUUUGCUGAAUAUUAUAUUUGAACGUUUCCUUGGGUUCUCUUUUUUUCAAUUGAGCCGGUAGCUACAGAACACCAAAGUCAUUUGCUUGUCAUAGAAGUCUUGUAACGCAUUGAAUACAAGUUUACAAAAUUGUGAAUUAUAGAAAAUAUAUCAUAUUGAUAUUUCACAUUGCUGUACAGAUUUUUUGUGAACUUUCUGAAACUACAUGUGUGUUGAUAGAAUCAUGCCUAAACCAGUGCACUCUGGUGACUACAGUUAUUAUUAUUAUUAUUAUUAUUAUUAUUAUUAUUAUUGUUAUUGUUAUUAUUAUUCUGUUUUUGUUCUGGGCAUGCUGGCUGGUUAGGUUUUUACAAAAUUACAUAUCAAGAUCACUGUCUGUUCUCAAUUUGUAAUCAUAUGAUGCCUUUGGGGUCUUGUUGGUGAUCUUGUCACUUUAAACCACCAUUAGAUAAAUCUGCAAGCAAAAAUAAAUCUUUGACCAAGUGUCACUGAUGCACCAAAA